CUACGCGCAAUACUGAAAAUCCAUAGUCUAAAGUUUUUUGUAGGAAAUUUUCUCUUCGCAAUCGUCGAUGCUAGUAUUAGAUUAUCGACCCCUAUGUGCUUAGAGGGCUUGAUAAAUUACUUCUCGCCGUCGCAUACAGGGAUAUCGACUACACACGCAUAUUUAUACGCUUUGGGAGUCGUUGGUCUCAUGGCAAUAAGCGCCAGUAUAUUGCAUCCAAUGCUGUUAUGGCUUCUUCAUUUAAGUUUGAAAAUCAGGGUGGCUUGCUGCUCGCUUAUUUACAGAAAGCUCCUCCGCCUCGAUCUAACAGCCGGGGGCAAAGCCUCGGAAGGCCUUGCCGGCCACGUGGUGAACCUGCUAACUACAGACGCCCAAAGAUUCGACAUGGCAUCGUUAUUUUUUGUGGACUUAGUGAGAACGCCAAUAGAAAGCGUUCUUAUUGUGUACCUUAUGUACAGGCAAAUUGGGGUCGCUACACUUAUUGGCGUCUCCUUUUUGCUGCUCUUUAUACCUUUACAAGGUUACUUAGGUAAAAUUUCAAGUAAACUACGUCGGAAGACUGCAAUGCGUACUGAUAAUCGUAUUCGUCUAAUGAACGAAGUUAUACAAAGUAUAGAAGCCAUUAAAAUGUAUGCUUGGGAAAAAGCAUUUGCUAGAAUCAUUGGCCAAGCCAGGAAAAAAGAAAUGAACGUAAUAAAAAAAAUGGCAUGGCUCCGCGCCGUCAUGAUAUCAUGCGUCAAACUCAACACGAAAGUUGCCAUAUUCCUCUCAGUGAUAUCCUUUGUGUCAUUUCAAAACACCUUGACAGCUGCCCAAGUGUUCGUUCUAUUUUCCUAUUACGACAUGUUAAAAUACACUUUAGUAGAUUUUCUCCCUUUGGCAAUAACGGUCACAUUAGAGGCAUACGUUAGUUUGAAAAGGAUGCAAGAGUUCUUGCUGCUGCCUGAAAUUGACAAUCAAGAUGGCGUCGAUUUGGUUUAUGUUGAAGAAUUAAAAAGUGUUAAGGCUAAUGGCGUAUUUGAGAAGAUUGGAAAUGGCCAACAAACGUAUAUAAAAUCAGAAUCAAACCUGUUGCCCGCCAAAGUACCAGUGCUGGUCACGAUGAAGGACUACACGGCCCAUUGGAAAAACACAGAAGACGACGCACUAGACAGAAAGAUUGCUGCAUUGAGCGACAUUAAUUUACAAGUAAGACCUGAAACAUUAACGGUAAUAGUAGGUACAGUGGGGUCUGGUAAAUCAACGCUUUUUCAAGCCAUGCUACGGGAACUGACACCGUCAAGUGGUUUUUUGCAGGUGAAAGGCAUAAUUGCUUAUGCUGCUCAGGAUCCUUGGCUCUUUGAGGCUUCCGUCCGCCAAAACAUCCUUUUUGGUCAAGAUCUGGACCUACGUAGAUAUAAGCAAGUGAUCAAAUGUUGCCAGCUCAAGAGCGACUUGGAGAUAUUACCGCACGGUGACAAGACCAUCGUUGGGGAAAGAGGGGCGUCUCUAUCAGGCGGUCAGCGUGCUAGAAUAUCGUUAGCGAGAUGCGUGUAUCGGAACGCUGACUUGUACUUACUUGACGAUCCCUUAGCCGCUGUAGAUGCCAAGGUGGCGCAAGCAAUCUACGAAGAAUGUAUACGAGGUUUCCUUCGCGAUAAAGCGACAGUACUUGUUACACACCACGUACAGUACGCACGCCGGGCGGACAACAUAUGCGUUAUGAGAGGUGGACGGAUUGUAGCCCAGGGCACAUAUCAAGAGCUGAAAAACAGCGUAGCCGAGUUCGAGAAGCUGAUAGAAAUGGGUGAGAAGGUUGAAGAAGAGAAACAGAAGUUGAAAGCUGCCAGUUACGAGAAACAGGACAGUGUGGAAUUUAACCACAAACUGCGUUUACAAAGAUCAAUGUCGGAAGCUUCGCAGCUGUCGUUGGAUUCGGAUAACCAAAUGGGUCCAACUUAUGAAGGUGAAACUCAAAACAAGGGAUCAGUGGACAACAGCGUUUACAUGUCAUACAUCAAAAGUGGAGGCAACAGUCUUACAAUGGCAUUACUUUUCGGUUUGUUCAUUGCCGCGCAGAUAUUUUAUUCCAGUGCGGAUAUUUGGCUUAAAGAAUGGGUAAACAUAGAAGAGGCGAACAGUGCAGCGGCCGCCGCAGCGACGAACGCCUCCGUAGUACCACCAGAGUUCGAGAACCUCCCCUCUAAUAAGUUCGGUCUGACACGCGAGCAAUGCGUGUACAUAUACGGAGGCCUCAUAGCUAUAUGCGUUGUCUUCACUUGUCAAAAGUUAGUUGUCUUCUACAGCAUGUGCAUUAGGGCUUCAACGAGGCUACAUAAUAAUAUGUUCAGAGGCGUAACAAACGCACCGAUGUGGUUCUUCCACCACAACCCUUCAGGCAGAAUAUUGAACAGGUUCUCAAAGGACAUGGGGCAAGUCGACACACUAUUGCCAGUUGCUCUAGUCGAUUGUUUAGGGUUCUUCCUAGAGGUAGUGUCAAUUCUAAUCGUUGUGUGCCUGAUCAACUGGUGGCUGAUGCUCCCGACCGGGGUGGUCACAACGUUGCUGUUUUUACUCAGAGGCUUAUUUUUGAAUACUAGUAGGGAAUUGAAACGAAUUGAAGCAAUUGCUCGUUCCCAAUCACUAAACCACUGUGCGGCUACAGUAUCUGGACUGACGACGAUACGUUCCACUCGGGAACUGCAACGCACACUGGUCCGAGAGUUCGACAAACUGCAGGACCUUCAUAGCUCGUCAUGGAGCCUUGUACUAAAUACGAAUAGAGCGUUUGGAUUUUGGAUGGACAUGGUGUGCUGCUUGUAUUUGGCGUUUGUAACGUUCAGCUUCUUUCUAUUCGCUGACGGUACAAUGGGCGGCAAUGUAGGUCUAGCAAUAACACAAGUUAUAGGCCUAGUCGGCAUGUGCCAAUACGGGAUGAGGCAGACGGCUGAAGUCGAGAACCAGAUGACUUCCGUGGAAAGAAUAUUAGAAUACACAAAUCUACCUGCAGAAAAACCAGUGGACGUGAAUGAAUUAGCGUUAAAGCAGAAUCAUCCUAAUGUGGACUUUCCGAAGUGGCCUACUAAAGGUGAAAUUAUAUUCGAAGACGUGUCCCUGGAAUACGAGAAACCGCCCAGGAAAGACCAACCAAUUCCCAACCCUAUUACAGGGCCGGUCACUACAGAAUUGAAAGAAUCUACGUUUGCUAUAAAAGGGGUCAGUUUUGGUGUUCGUCCCGCUGAAAAGGUAGCCGUAGUUGGAAGAACCGGGGCUGGAAAGAGCAGUCUAAUAGCUGCACUAUUCAGAUUAAGCAAAAUAACAGGUAAAAUAACAGUAGACGAGUUAUGCGCGGACGAAACUGGGCUGCCCGCAUGGCGGUCGCGGUUGUGCGCCUUGCCGCAACGGCCUGCGUUGUUUGCUGCUUCAUUAAGGGAAAAUCUCGACCCGGAGAACAAAUAUAGUGAUGCACAGAUAUAUGCAGCUUUAGAACAGGUAGAACUCCGAGAUAUGGUAGCUAACCUUCCAGCGGGAUUAAGCACCAAAGUGGGUGACGGUGGCGGCAAUCUAUCAUCUGGUCAACGCCAACUGGUCUGCCUUGCUCGAGCGGCGCUAGCGGGCUGUAAAGUUCUUAUCUUGGAUGAAGCGACAGCCAAUGUUGAUACUGAAACUGACAAGCAUAUCCAGCAAACAAUUCGCAACAAAUUCGCCGAUUCCACGGUGCUCACGAUCGCGCAUAGACUCAACACCGUUAUGGAUUACGACCGAGUCAUUGUUAUGGACAAAGGCCGCAUAGCCGAAAGUGGUCAUCCGUACGAGCUUCUCACACAGCCGAAAUCUGACCAGGUCAAACGAUCCGCGACCGUUCUGUCCAAGAGUCAGGCUCCUUUGGCAACACCAGAUAGCUUCAACAUAGAGUCCGGAUCAAGAACAGAGGACCAUAAUGAGACCCUUGUUUUGUCACGAGACAGAAUAAGAACGUACUCCAAUAGAUCAGAAAUGAGCGAGCCAGAGCCAGCCGGCACUGGAAUAUUCAAGACACUCGUCGAACAAACUGGCCCAGAAACAGCCAGGAUUCUGCACCAAAUGGCUGAGGAGAGCUACAACAAAAUGCUAGAGAAGAAGACGGUUUAGAAGCAGUCAAUUUAUUAAAAAGGCUACGUUCCGAAAAGGCUAGUGACAUUUGCGUCAGUUUACUUCAAUACGAAACAUCCGUUAAUAGAUUUUAAGAACGUUCUCAGCCUAGGACUACUUUAAUG